AACAUUUCAAACGAACUCGUAAAGAAAAAGACAUGUAUUGUUGUUACGGAAUAACGAUCCAACCAACCAUAACACCACAUUCCAUCACAUAUUUAAGCAUUAGACCCAAAUUCGUAAAACUCCGGAUCCGAAAUUAUGGUUAUGGUUCAUUACUCAAAGUGAAAGCUUCGAUUAACAACAAUAAUAACCCCAUUUCGUCCAAAUCUGAGUUAACCUUGUAUGAAAUUUUGGGUAUACCCAAAUCCGUAUCCAUGGUGGAUUUGAAGCGCGCUUAUAAGCAUGAGGCUCGAAAGUAUCACCCAGAUUUGUCACCACCGGGUCAGGUUAAAGAGUAUACAAAGAGGUUCAUUAUGGUGCGGGAGGCUUAUGAGAUGUUGUCAGAUCCAGUAACGAGAGCUAUUUAUGAUAGAGAUUUGGAUAAAGGGAUUUCGUUCACAUUUUCUACUAGUAGACCCUACUGUCAUCGCACUAAACAUGAUCAUGAUCAGGUGAGUGAAGAAAAGAAAGAAUGGAAAAGUGUGUGGGAAUCUCAACUAUGGGAGUUGGAAAGAAGAAGUGAUUGCAAAGAGCGUAGAGGAAAUAUGACUUGGGGUGCUCGAAUGCGUCAAUGUCGUACUCAUUAGAUAGAUGAAUUAGCUAUUGAAUUUUGAAUAGACAAUUUUAUCACUCCAUUAUUAUAUUUUUUGUUAUUGUCUUGUGAAGUUUUAUGAAAGCUAAAAAAAAAUG